UUUUGUAGCAACGUUUCUAAGGAUGGGGCAUUCUUCAUUUGCAAUUCUAAGGAGGACUUCUUGGUCUAUGGGCAGCAGUUAUGUAGCCACUGAUCUGAUCUGUAAGAGCAUAGUUUUACUGAAUGUGUCUCUGCACAUGCUUUAUAUAAAGAAGCACCUAUGGAUUGGAAGAUGAUUUAUUGCAUUAUUCCAGAGUUUGCUGAGUGUCAGCAUGACACCUCCAAGGUGACCGAGGAACUUGUGGAGAACAUCCUAUGUACAGGACUUGAGCCUGUUGCUGUGGAUGUUUUUCUUGAGUUUAUUUGUUACCCAGGUGGCUCUCUCCCUGAGGAACUACUACUUCCUCAGUUCCUCAGGUUAAGUGCCCUGUUUUUGAUAGCAUGUGGCGACAAGGAUCCAUCAGAGCCUAUGGAAAUUUUGAUUCUGUUGAACACUUCAUUGUCCUCUUAAAUGUUGGCCACUGGCCUAGGUAAUCAGGUUGGCUCUCUCUCAUUUAGGCGUGUACAUACAUAAAUGUUCACGUGCAUCCCUUUUCAUACAGAAGUAAUUUCUGCAAUCUUUCUUUGCUGGUAUGCGAGCAGGAUGAAGCUUCACAUCUUGUCAACCCACUUGUUGAGUCAUUUGAUCCUCAGCAAUUGCUUCCACUGCCAUCUAAUUACUGCUUAUUUUCUUUGUUAAAGAUCCUACUUACUUUCCCAUGCUUCACAUGGUGUCAAAUUUCCAAUGCCCUAUUUUCUUUUUACAGUACUUUUCCCAGUAAACACACAAUACUUUA